AGUGUUGGACAAAGUCAAUAUUCAGAGCUCCGUCUCAGUCUUGCCUUCUUGUAAAACCACAGCAUAAAGCCCACAGAUUUUGUUUCUCUUUGGCAUAUAGAGGUUAGUAAGAACUUCUUUUUCUUUUUCUGCUUUGUUUCGCCAUUUUUGUGGCAGCCAUGGGAAGAGCUCCAUGUUGUGACAAAGCCAAAGUUAAGAGAGGCCCAUGGUCUCCUGAAGAAGACACCACUCUGAAGAGCUAUGUUCAGAGGUAUGGCACUGGUGGCAAUUGGAUUGCUUUGCCACACAAAGCAGGCCUGAGGCGCUGCGGCAAGAGUUGCCGUCUGAGAUGGCUGAAUUAUCUUCGACCAGAUAUCAGACAUGGAGGUUUUACUGAGGAAGAAGACAACAUUAUAUUAACACUAUAUAGUACCAUAGGAAGCAGGUGGUCUGUCAUAGCUUCACAUAUGCCAGGAAGAACAGACAAUGAUGUGAAAAACUAUUGGAACACUAAGCUGAAGAAGAAGCUAUUUGCUGGAAAGACAAGCCUCAGCUCCACCAGAGCCACCACCACCACCACCACCAAUUGCCAUAUUUCUACUGACCCUUCUAUGCAUUUCACCACAACAACCUCAUCAGCAUUUGUAACUGAAGCCAAUACUAUUUAUUAUGAUCCGACUGACAUGAAUUAUCAACAAAACUUUGUCCCCGAAUUUCCAGGUCCGGACCCAAUUCAAUUCCCUCUUCCCAGGCUCAUGGAAUUUGGAGAAAAUGGCAGAGGACCAGUACAUAGUAACUUGAGCAGUAGAGUUUCAUCAUCUCAAGAACUUUUAAGCGUUUCGCCUUCACUUUCUCUAGAAAACAUGAGUACUUAUGCUUCAUGGUCUGGUAAUGGAGGUGGUGAAGAUGAUGGGUUUUUUUAUGGAAUUGGGUUCUGAGUUUCCUUAUUAUAUUCUUGAUCAUGGACAUGCUCAAUGUUCAUGAGAUUGAAGUUAUGUGCUUGAUGGAGCUGUAACGAUCGAUAGUCAAUUUGGAAUUUUAUCUAUUAACUGAUUUAAUGUUAAAAA